AUGAAACGUUUCGAGAGAGAAGAAGGAGUCGCUUUUUACAACGCGGAAGAAGACGAAGAAGAAAAGACGAAGAAGCUGAAGAGGAAAGAAACGUUUAAGACGGAAACGUGUGCGACGACGCUCGGGGGAUUCCUCGCUCGAGAAAACGAAGAUAAAUUCGCGGUGCAAAAUCCUACACAAAAAACGUCUUUGAUUCACUUCGAAUGCGAGGAGCGAUGGAAAACUGUUCGCGACGCCGUCGUCGAAGGCGUUUUAACGCGAGCGGAACAGUUCUUUUUGUUUCAGAACAAAAACGAAGAGUUUCUGUCUUUAACAAAGGGGGUGGUGCCUUCUGGUUUCGACGACGACGACGAGGAGGAGGACGACGACUUUGAGGAGGAGGAGGUAGAAAAUCACCGUUUUCAUCGUGGUGGUGUUGGUCAUUCAGAAAGAAGAAUAACUCAAAUGUUGUCGUUUGCGAUGGUGGACGUCGCGUGCGCGGCGGUGGAUUUCGCGGAAGAAGUCGUUCGAGCGUUUGCGAGCGGGGAGUGCACGACGGAGAGCGCGUGGGCGUACGAAGUUUUGAGCGCGUCGUGCUUUCGAUUGAGCUUGAAAACGAGAGAGAGAAGAGACCAGUUCGAUGUGGACUACGAGCAGGAGAUGUGCGAGGAGGAAAAGAAGAACAACUUUAGCGUUCCGAUAUCAACGAUUACGUUCGAUAAGGAGACGAUGGCGAAGAUGGAGACGGUUAUUUUGACGACGUUGGAGUAUCGCGUGUCGAAACCGACGAGAUCGAUGUGGGCGAAUGAGUUUUUAAACGCGAUGAAAAAGAACGUGGAAAUCGUCGCGUUCGGUACCGAAGGCGCGAGGCCAAAGGAGUUUAAACGGUUGUGGACGAAAGCAGAGGAACACGCGUGCGUAAUCGUCGCCGCGAGUUUACGCUCGUUUCCAACAUCGCCGCAGUUUCGAGCGUCGGCUAUCGGCGCCGCGGCGGCGACGUUAGGCGUCGCCUUAUCUGCGUUCGAGUACCUUCGAGAAGAAGAAGAAGAAGAAGACGGAAAAGAAGAAGAAGGAAAACAACAAAAGCGCGAACGCCAACACGCCUCGUUCGUCUCGGACGUGAAAAAGCUCGUCAAAGCGACCGCCGUCAACGCGUUCGAUUUCGGUUCGUGGGAGAGAGAAUUUGAGAUCGCGUUUGUAUCCUUCUCGAAAUACCAUCAUCAUCAUCAUCAUCUCUCCUGGGAUCGUCGUCGCGACCGCCGCAACAACAAAGCGCCUUUGCCGCCUCGCCGAGGAGGAGGAGAGGAAGAAAAAAUGGCGCCUGCGGACAACAAAGAAAAAGAACAAAAAGAAGAAGAAGAAAGAAUCGUCGUUUCUUAG